AUGGUCUCAAGUAACCUGAAACUGUUGUCUGGAAACAGCCACCAUGAACUCACUAAUCUCAUUGCAACCAAGCUAUACGCUAGCGUUGGCGGUCUUGACACUAAGCGUUUCUCGAAUGGUGAAACCUGUGUGACGAUACGAAACUCGGUCAGAGAUGAGGAUGUCUUCAUCCUGCAGACUUCUGCAGAGCCAGUGAACGACAACUUGAUGGAACUCCUCAUCACCAUCAGUGCUUGCAGAAUAGCUUCUGCCAGGCGCAUAACGGCUGUCUUGCCGUGCUUCCCAUAUGCCAGGCAAGACAAAAAGGACCGUUCCAGAGCUCCCAUCACGGCGAAACUUGUUGCGAAUAUGCUGGAGAUUGCUGGCUGCACUCAUGUCAUAACCAUGGAUCUCCACGCUUCCCAAAUCCAAGGCUUCUUCAAUAUCCCUGUGGACAAUGUAAGAUUGUAUGCAGAAACAACCAUGGUAGAGUAUAUCCGAAGUCACUUUGAUCUUAGCAAAGUCGUCAUCGUAUCUCCUGAUGCAGGAGGUGCAAAGAGAGCUGCUGCUAUCGCCGACAAAUUGAAGGUCGGACUUGCACUCAUCCACAAAGAACGUAAAGUUGCAAACCAAGUGAGUCGAAUGAUCCUUGUCGGAAGUGUGGUGGGACAGGUCGCUGUCAUUGUGGACGACAUUGCCGAUACAUGUGGUACGUUGGCACUGGCUGCCAAAGUCUGUACGGAUGACGGCGCGGAGCAAUGCCUGGCCAUGGUCACUCAUGGCUUCCUGAGUGGGAAGGCAGUACAAGUUAUUGAGGAAAGUCUUCUAUCCCAAGUCGUCGUUGCAAACACUCUUCCAUUGUCGGAAGCUGCACGAGCUUGUUCGAAGAUUACCUCGAUGGACAUCUCGCAUACGCUCGCGGAAGCUAUCCGGAGAACUCACAAUGGGGAGUCCAUCUCACAACUGUUCUCGUGA